AUGGAGGAGGACAUGGAGAUUGACCGUAACGUCACUGGGAUCCUCGGAGAGGAUGUCUUCCUCCGCUGUCAGUACCUGGGACAGAAUGACAUCACAGACGCCUCAUGGAAACGCCCAGACUCUAGAAUGAAACGAUCGAUGAAGAAAUUAACAGGCUACAAGAACAACAAGACUUUCAGCAAAGACCCAGACUUCUCCGCCCCAGCCUCUCCCACUAAUCUGACUGUGAAGAUGAGGGUGUCUACUCUGGAGGCCCAGGGGGAGUACACAUGUGUGUUCGCCACCGAUGAAGAGGAGAUCACUAACAGCAUGUUUCUCACUGUUCUGGCUCGACCUGAUAUCUACACAGUGGUGACAGAGGACACAGACAACGCUACCCACUACCAGUCAGUCACAUGCUCAGCUACCAAUGGUAAACCUAUGGCUCUGAUUCGCUGGGAGAUCAACGGCAGCCCUCCUACUAACGAUUCCUCUGUGGGGAUGAGGAACACCAGUUAUACCAAUGGCACUGCCACUAUGACCAGCUUCCUUCGCUUCCCCACCCACCUACAGGAUCAGGACAGGGUGACCUGUGUGGUCCAGCACCCAACCCUGCCUGACCCCACCACACAUGUCACAGUGAGAGUGGAGACCUUCGUGGCUCCCAAUGUGACCAUUGAGACAUACCUGGUUCUAGAGUACGGGGAGGAGUUCUGGGUGGUUACCUGUGAUGCGGCCGGAGGGCGACCCCGAGCUGACAUCACCCUGAUGCUGCCCAAUCAGGAGGUCAGUUCCAUGCUACAGAAGGAGGUUGUCAUGGAUGCAGGAGACACAUGGGUCAGGUCAUACCGCUUCCCAGCUGAGCUUCAUGAAGGGGAAAACAUUACCUGCCUGUUUGACCACCCCAAGUUCCCACACAGAGAGCUUCGGACCGUCACUUUACCAGCAUUCUCUCUGUCUGCUGUUCGGCUGCAGAACCCAGGGUUGGCAGACAGCAGCAACGAGAGCCAGGCUGUAGAGUCAGUGGUUCUGGAGGAAGGACAGAGCAACACCACCAUCGGGCUAGAGGUCAUUGGGGAUGUACCACGUUACAGUAUAGUAUGCACCAAAGAAGAGCAGUCUCUCCCUGAGGGUGUGGCAGUAUUUGGCAGUGCUCUAACCCUGCAGGGUCCUGUCGAGCUCUACCAUGCAGGGCUGUAUGAGUGUGAGGCCUCCUACUACAGCCACAGGGCAUCUGUACUGCUGGACAUUACCGUUAACCCACAUGUCAAGCAGCCUGUGCCUAUGGACCCUGGUAAAAUGUUUGGGAUGUAG